CUGAAUCAGGACGGCAAGGACUUCGCGUUCGGAUAACAUCACCACCGCCUCGGCGUGCCUCGGCGCGCGCUCCACGGCGACGACAACCGGGCUGUCCCGGCGGGCGCGCAGGCCGCGUGCACUAGACCGUCUGUGCCGGACACGGUUUCCAGGACCUGUGACACUCCUCAAGUCGCACAGAUGCGGCUGUGCGCGCUUGCGAUGACACGGUGCAGCCUUGCACUGGCACUGGUCAUGUACCUGUGGCAAGUCGGGGACGCCGGUUCUUCGGAUAAUGACGCUGCGCUGGGCAACGUGGUGCGCGAACUCCGUGCCGAGUUGCAAGCCCUACAGCGGGGCCGCGACCAGGACCGCGCGGCGUUGCGGCGGCUCGAAGAACGACUCGCAGCCACAACGCCGUGGACAACGAGCACUGCGCCUGCAACCACAGCGCGUCCGCCCCGGCAUCGCCGGCCGCGCCGGCAGCACGAAGAGCAGCGCGCUUUCGCGCGGUCCCUGCGCGUGCUGGAGCAGGAGCGUCAGUCACUGGACCAACUGGAGAACCAGCUGAAACGCGUGCGGGACGACCUGCAGGAGGUGGCACGCGAGCGGCCGGCCGACGCGCAGGCCCUGCUGAGGGCCGACUUGGACCGGUUGCAGCUGCAGCUGGACGCCCUGCGUUCAGGACAGCGCGACGAGGUGUCAAGGACUGAAGCGCGCGACCGUGCACACCGUGCCUCCGUGGACUGGUUGCGCAGCACCGUCGAUCAGAUCAAGGCCGAGCUCGCCGAGCUGUCGCGGCAGGACAACGUGACCGUGGCGCUGGGCUUGAGCCGGGGCUUCGAAGGCGAGGCGGCGCGGCUUAGGGCAGACCUGGCCGACCUGCGAGACCAGCUGCAGGCCUUUCGGGCGACACAACAACGGUGCGAGGCCGGCGCCGCACAGGCUGCAGGAGAGCGAGCUGAGCUCCGGGCACUGUUCCAGAGGCAGGCUGUCCAACAGCGACAGCUGACGCAGCAAGUUUCGGAACUCGCCGAGGAUUUCCGGAACCAGCGACUGGGCGGAACCAGAAAGCGCAACGACGACGACGAGGAAAAGCACCAGCAAGCAGAUGCACUGGAAUAUUUCGAGGGCUCAGGGAUGGAGCCUGCAGGAGAGCUUGCCUCACAUCCUGCCGAUGCAGACACGGAAGCACCAAGGCAUGAAGUUCGCCACCACCGAGACCUCCGGCAGUUAGUCUACCAUCUUCAGAGGAAUGUCCAAACACUGUCCCAUGAUCAAUCCAAACUGGCCAAGGACAUCAGCCGAAUGCGUCGGAAUAGCACUGAACUCUCUUUGGCCAUAGCUUCACUGCAAGGAGUUUCCAGCACAGCCUACUCAACACAGAUUGACAGCCAGUUGCGCCAGCUGGAAGAUCGAAUGCUAGCACAAAGUGAGAAUGUUCGAAACGUUUCAAGCUGCUUCCAGAGUGUUGACAAAGUCCACGCCUCAACUGUAGAGCUCUUCAGGGACUUGCGUUCACUUGAGAAGAAAGUUGACCGAGGUCUGACUGAUCUGCGCAAGGAAGUCUCCAAAUGUGACUUCGAUGUAGCCACUGCUUUGUCACUAGCCAAAGCUGUCCGACAAGAUGAGCUUGCCAGACGAGAGUCCCUUGCUAGCCUGAAGAAUGAUCUGCUCCAGGCAAGAUCUGAGCUGGACAAAACUCGGUACAAGAUACUUAGCGUGGAAGGAGCAGUCCUCAACACAACAGUAUCAAGCCGCAAAGCAGGCAGUGACUGGGUGUCUCAAGAGAUUAAGAUUGCAAACCUUGAAGUUGCAAGCACACGGCUUUCCAAGAUGGUUGAACACAACAGCCGCAAGUUGGCACACCUUGCAAGAUCACUGGACCAGGCAGUAAACCGUGAGGUUCUCGAUGAGUGGAAGAGAAAGCAGGAAGACUUAUCCAGCAUUCUACGCAACAUGACCGAAGAAGUGCCCAAAAUGAGGAAAAACAUUACUCGUCUUGAAGGAGAAGUGGAAAAGUUCGAGGACAAUUUACCACAAGACUGCUCUUCCAACAUCAGUCAUCCUACAAAUGGUCAACACAGCGGAGUGCAACUGAUCCACCCCCACGGUGCUAAGAAGGCCCGCCUAGUCUUUUGUGAUAUGCAGACAGACGGUGGUGGCUGGACAGUAGUGCAGCGCCGAUGUGACGGCUCUCAGGACUUUUAUCGGAACUGGGAUGAUUACAAGCAAGGUUUUGGUGAUGUGUCUGGUGAACACUGGCUAGGAAACGAUGCACUACAUGAGAUCACCUCCUCUGGAAACUACUCACUUCGCAUUGACCUUUGGGAUGUGUCUGGAAAUUACAAGUUUGUUGAGUAUGACCACGUUGUUGUUGGUUCAGAGGCUCAGAGGUACCGACUGGAAGUGUUGGGCUACCGAGGUAAUGCCAGCAAUGCUCUCGAGUACCAUUCAGGUAUGGCAUUCAGCACAGCUGACAGAGAUAAUGACUUCAGUAGCACCCACUGUGCUGUGUACUACUCCUCAGGCUGGUGGUACAACCAUUGCCAGUAUGUCAACAUUAAUGGCAAGUACAAAGUUGGCUUAACUUGGUACGACAUGGAUGCCCUCGAGUGGGUACAGCUGUCCAGGGUAGAGAUGAAACUAAGACCUGCCACAAGAAGGAAGAAGCGCAGGUGGACAAAGGCCAAGGCUGCCUGAGCAACAGCAGGCGCUCAGGCAUCUUUUUUUGGACUUGGCCAGAGAUGGCCCUUUGAUUAAUUUAUAAAAAUGCGUGUGUGUUGUACAUAUGCUGCGAUAAUAGGUAUGUGACUGUGUGCAGUGACUAUGUGUGCUGUGUAUAGUGAGAGAUGAACCAGCAAUCUGCCUCGUGCCAUAAAAGACAAGUUGUUCAAGCCAGCAACACGAGCUGCAGUAUCACAGAGCCUGUCUGCCUAACAACAUGACAACACUCAAGGGACCAAUGCAACAGUGAUGUGAAGGCACAUUGUUUGACAACAUGGACAUCCUGUAAGCCAGGGGGAAUUACAUUCCUGGCACUUGAAGAUUGCCUUCUGGAUCCCCAGGCCCAUCUGUAUGAACUCCAGCCACUACUUGAUGAACGCAUAUUUACCAAGGCACGGCCAGAACGUGAAUCAGCACGUCCACAGGCAGUUCCCUGAGAAUACACGGACAAGUUUAAGGGUGAUUGUUAAGCUCUCUGAAGGCCAGCCCAUGAGAACAUUUUAUGCGUAACCAGUGCUGUGUUUGUGUACACCUUCCCUUUCUUAUUCAAAAGUGAGCUUGAUCAUGCAACUUCAGCCUCUUUAAAAGCAGCAUAAGCAUUUUUUGCUUCUGGUCAAUGUCAGCUGCUAUGGACAGACAUGAACUGUACUUAACGUGUCAGUCACAGCAUACGCUGUAGUCUGCAAUCAAACCCACCUCCCGCUAUUUCAUAGUGUCCAUGAUUUCACAGAAGGCAUCUAUGUGACACUUCUGCAGAGAAGAAGCAGUCCUGCCAGUCUGCUGUUUGAUUGCAUUUCUUGUUCUGAAAGGUGUUCAUGAGGGCAUUUAAGGGCAUUUGAAGGUACUGUAUGAAAAUCAGCAAUGCAUUAUGAGAGUAAUUUACUCAUAGUUUAAUGAAUCAAAACAAAUUAUCACUCCCAGCGUGAAAUAUAAAGUAAGCUAUGAAUGUGAGUCUCUUUUUUUUAUUAUUGAUACCGACAUCACAGGAUUCAUUACUUCUAACAUUAGGCAAACACCAUGAAACUUUUAUGGAGUACAAAAGCCACCAAAAUUCAGUGAGUGAACACCUCGUAAACAAGCAUAUGUAGCUCACUCAAAUGCCCUUCCCUGUGCUCCUCAAAAAGAGAGGGAUGUGCUGUGAACAUUACUGUAGCAAGUGAACAGCUUUCACCAACAUAAAAGUAGAAGUGUGAUUAUCCAGCAGUGUAGACAUAGAAGAGACUUCCUGCCUCCUUGUGAAAAUGGUGUAGUUGUUGAGUUUGCAUUAUUGAUAACUACCUGAGGUAUGAACCAAUAGUAUUUAUACUUAGUUCAGGCAGCCACUUGUAUUUCACUGUGCACUCACACAAAUCAAAGUACUACUAGUAGCUUUCUAGUGCUUUGUGCACAGGACAAGAUUGUUAUUUUUUACUUUCUUUAACUAUUGUGUGUAUCAGAUAUUUAAAAAAAAUUUAACGACAUUGAUGGCUGUAGCUACUUAUGAACAAUGUUAGGUGGUCUUUAAGCUACUGAUAAGAAGUUACAGCGAAUUUCCUGCUUUCUUUUUCUGUGAUACAUUGGUAGUAGCCAGAUGAUUUGCCCAUUAGAUAAGCCAUUGCACCUUUCAACUACAGCAACGCAUAAUGUUACAAUCAUUGAGUUGCGAAGUAAUGUGCACAUUAGAUUAUAACAAACUAAAAUAUUUGUCACGAUGUAAUUUGCCUUUUAUCUUUGGAUAAACACAGCCAAGAGAGACCUUUGAUUGAUAACAAACAGUAAUGGGAUCAACAGUAGUGCAGAUUAUGUAUUUAUGUCAGCAUGACUUUCAGCCACAAUCAUAAUUUCAGAGAUCUUCAGGAAGCUAGACCCUUACUGCAAUUAAAAAAAAUUGCACUGUGCAUGGGCAAAGAAAAACUAAUCAUAAGGUAUACAGUCAACUUCCGAUUUUUCGGACUCCCUAGGGACCGCGAAAACGUCCGAAAAAUCGGGCAGUUAAAAAAAUUAUUGCAUGCCUUUCACUGCACCCAAGAGCUCAAAUCGCCAGAGGCACAUCCGAAAUAACUCUGAAGGCCUGCCAGUACACUUAGGUGUAUCGGUGCUCGUACUGUGAUAGGAGAGAGCGGGUUCACACGUGUAUAAUUAAAAUUUACAUACUAUGUCCCGUAAUAAUUGCCCCUACCCACUCUUGGUACGCUUCACCGCGUAAGUGAACCUUAUUGAGGUGAAACUGACUUUAGGGGAACCGCCAUUAGGCAACGUGGCGUGCUUUCGCAGCUUCUAAGCUAUUGGCGAAGAUUACAAAGGCGGAGUCAGCUCCAUUGCUGACAACGGCGAAUUCUGUCAAUGAAAAACACGGCAACGAACAGCAAGAAGCAUGGUAGCAAACAUCGAAGCAGCUAGGCCUAGCGUUGCCGCGGUAGUGGUUAUGUCUGCCAUCGGAUCUACGUGCUAGCCCCUGUUCGAGGCGGCAAGAUAAUAAAAAUGGUGGUGGCGCUGGCUUCGAUAACACAGCGUCGGGCCUGCGGUCAUGGCAAAAAGUACGUAAAACUGGAUGGCGAAAGGAUUUUGCGUCCGAAAUUCCAGACGUCCUUAUACAUUACGUGGCGGUGCCGCGAAGGCGUCCGAAUUAUCGGGCACAACCGAAAAAUCGGUAGUUGACUGUACUUCUCUUAUGUUAAAUAAUAUUGUUCAUCUUCACUGACUUAAAAAUAAAUAACCACUACAGUCGACUUGCAAUAAUUAAAACUGGAGAAAUUUAAUAUUCCGCUUAAUUCAAAACUUGUCUCAAAAUUUUUGGUGGCCAGCUAUGUUUUCUAUAUACUCUGGCAUCGAUGAGAUAUCAAAUAAAGCUUUCAGUUCAUUAGGAUAUUUCCUUAGUUUUCCUUCCCAGGUAAACAAGUUACAAAAUAAUCCAACCCUUUUGGCUAAAAGCAACGGAAAGAAGACAACACAGGCAUACUGAUAGUAAUUUACAUAGAUUCAUUACUCUGAAAACUUCGUAUUGAAGUCUUAUCAGCUAGCAGUACAGUCAAAUACUAACAACUGUCACAGCACAUGUGACUAGUGCUGGAUAUCUAACUAGCUGUAUGCUCAUCUGCAGCUGAUUUCAAUAGGGGCUGUGGAGGAGAAGAGUGUGCUCCAUGUAGAUACCUCCUAGUAUAUUAAUUAAUAAUUUUCUCUUGAAAUGCACAUUAUUGACUUGAAUAAUUCAGGCACACAUUCAUGUUCAUAAGGGGUUUAAAUUAAUGCAAGUCGACUGUAGUUGUGCUGCUCAACAAUAAAACUACAAUGCUUUGGUGUGCAGAGUGACAAAAGCCACAUACCAGCUAAUAAAAUUAAGUGUGACACCAUUCAGCCACUGCCAUCAAUGUUCACGGGUGCAAAUGCAGCCCUCAAUUACAGUCAUGCUGUAAGCCACAUCAAGAGUCACCUAACAUGCAAGUCAUUGUAUGACACAAUAUAUGUUCCUCAUGUACCCCUGACAAACCACCAGCUAGUCAAGAAAGCAAAUUGUGUUAUGUGCCAACAUGGCAAAACCUCCCUUAAACAAAGUUUACAUGUUCUGAAAAUGCUCUGUCCACUCAAUCAGGUAGCAAUGAUGAGACAAAAUUGAUGACAAAAUGACAUGCAGAAGGAAAGACGUACAACUGCAAAUUGAGAUGGGAGCUGCACGCACGCUUUGCUAUACCCCAUCGACACCCCCCCCCCCCUCCCUGUCAGUAACACUUCUUAAAGAAAGUACCCCACAUUACUCAUACAUUCAGUUACCAAACAAAAGUGCAAUUGAAAUCACUAAUUUGGAACAGAGUGUACAAAAUUCACCUUGAAUAUUUCAUGAUGGUUAUAAGCGAAAGCUUUCAUGAACUGGCUAACAAAAACAGAUAGGCCAAAAAAAUCAGCCUAGGAAUGCACUGUUGGUGUCAUUGCAGGGAUUUUAACAACAGUCAGUCUGAUGGUCAUUUUUGUUAUUUCAGAUCUCAUACAGAUGAGUGUUUUUCCUCAAUAUGAUGCAGAGGAAUUUGUUAUGUGUUGCUUAUUUAUUUAGGCCUUUGUUAUUCUCUACAUUUGUUGCAAUUGCAAUUCCCAAGGAGAGGUUUCGCUGUAAGUAGUGUGCGAUAUAUAUAUAUAAAUAUAUAUAUAUAUAUGUGCUUGACAUUAAAAUCGUCAUGUUUCAGAAGGAGAAUGUCUUUGCUGGGUGCAAGAUGUUUAGGUAAUAUAAGUGAACCUAGCAUUAGAUUAUAAAAAAGCCUUGAAGAUAUUUUUUUCUUACAAGGCUUUUGUACAGGUUCACUCCUGUUUGCACAACUGUCUUAGACAGCUGGUGUAGAGAAGAAGAGCGUAGGCAUGAUGCUUCAAAUGUGUUUUUGUCUUGUACAUAGAUAUAAUAAACAGAGUUCAAACAACAGAAUGCUGCAUUACCAUGCACCUA